GUUAGGAGGACUUUGACCCUGAUAAUGAGGCUGUGAAGGAGAACAGGCCCAGCGAGGAGCGACCUUAUCCGGUGACAGUUGGACUCCAGACUACACAUGGCUCUGCUCAGAGGUGUUUUUAUUGUCGCUGCUAAGAGAACCCCAUUUGGUACCUUUGGGGGAGUUCUCAGGGAUCACAGCGCAACAGACUUGGGAGAGAUCGCAGCGAAAGCCGCGCUUGCUGCGGGCAAUGUGGCCCCUGACUCUGUGGACAGUGUGAUUUUUGGAAAUGUCGCUCAGACUGCCAGCGAUGCCAUCUACUUGUCCAGACAUGUAGGCCUCCGUGUCGGCAUCCCCAUUCCUGUCCCGGCUCUAACGGUCAACAGACUGUGCGGCUCCGGCUUCCAGUCCGUCAUCAAUGGAUGCCAGGAAAUUGCCUUACGAGAGUCGGAGAUCGUCCUGUGCGGAGGGUCGGAGAGCAUGAGCCAGUCUCCUUAUGCCGUGCGAAAUAUCCGAUUUGGAACCAAGCUGGGAAUGGAUCUCAAGAUGGAGGAUACUCUCUGGGCUGGCCUUACUGAUUCCAUGAUAAAGACCCCCAUGGCGAUCACUGCUGAGAACCUGGCUGAAAAAUAUGAAAUCUCCCGGCAGGACUGUGACAAUCUUGGCUACCGGAGCCAACAGAGAUGGAAAGCCGCUCAGGACGCCGGGCGCUUCACUGCAGAAAUGGCCCCGAUUGAAUUGAAAACAAAGAAAGGACCUGUAAAAAUGGAGCAAGACGAGCACCCGAGACCCCAGACUACCCUGGAGCAGAUGGCCAAACUGCCAACCGUGUUCAAGAAGGAUGGAGUGGUGACUGCUGGCAACGCCUCGGGUAUCAGCGAUGGAGCCGGAGUUCUCAUCUUGGCCAGUGAAGAAGCCGUUACAAAGCACAAGCUCACCCCACUCGCCAGGAUCGUUGCCUAUCAUGCGGCCGGGUGUGAGCCCAAGAUUAUGGGCAUUGGCCCCGUUCCUGCCAUUACUGAAGCACUGAAGAAAGCUGGCCUAUCCCUGAAGGACAUGGAUCUUGUGGAGGUGAACGAGGCUUUUGCUGCUCAGUACCUGUCGGUGGAGAAGGCUCUUGGCCUGGAUCCUGAGAAGACCAAUGUGGACGGAGGAGCCAUAGCUCUGGGCCACCCUCUGGCUGCAUCUGGUUCUCGAAUCACAGCUCAUCUUACUCAUGAACUAAGACGCCGUGGUGGUAAAUACGCAGUAGGAUCGGCCUGUAUUGGAGGAGGUCAGGGUAUCGCCAUCAUUCUGGAGAAUGUGGUCUAAUCAUGAAGUGCACAACGGAAAUGUAUUAAUAAUGUUAAUUUUCAGCAAACUGCCAACUCUUGUGUCGGGGUCUGUGGGAAGCGCACACUGUGCUGGAUUAUUAGUGCCUUGGAACUUUUUGUAUCGCUCAUACUAACACUUCAUUCAGCUGGAACCAAUGACAAGCCGUUGCACUAAAAGACUUUCUCCUCCAAUGCCAGUCUUCAGUCCUGAUUAGCUGCUGGAGGGUUGAAUUUCUCUCUGGCUUAAUUUCUACAUUUUCUGUGAUCCAGCAGUGACCUUAAAUUACAACUCGGAGAUGGUCUCGCUGCAUUUUUCAUUUAUUUUUGAUUGUAAAACUCUUCCACAGAAGCCUGAGGAAUGUAAGAAGACACCUCAACCCUCCAGUGACUGCCCAGAACGGAGAAAUCCAUUGAGGUGGACUGGCUCUCUAAAGAUCUUUAUGCCACCUGUGAAUGUAAACAAAAUAAAAAAAAUUAGAUCAGAAUUC